AUGCUUCAUGUAACACUGGCAGACCCAAAGCAAGAUAUCCAGUUGGAUUACCAACCCGGCCAUGUGCUGGCUCUGGAAUUGGAAGACAAAUCCGAUGACCUCAAUGAUGAUGCCAAGAGAAAUGGUGGCUGGAUGCGUGGACCAUACACUGUGAGUCGAUCCUCCAAAGACUCCAUUGAUGUUCUCGUCCGAGUGGUGGGCAAAAAAUCCAAGGCAUUCUCCGAAUCGCCAGAGGGAACCCCCGUGAGAUUUGGGGGGAAAUUCAAAGUUCCAAUCCUGGUAGGGGUCAAGAAGGAGGAUACCAAGUCAGUGGUUCUGGUCUCCACUGGAGUUGGCAUUGGCCCCUGUGUGGGAGCCAUUGAAUUGGCUAUGGAAGACGACAGUUUUCCGCCGAUUGCCCUGUUUGCUUCGUUUCGCGAUCCCGAGGAUGUUGUUUACGACGACUAUCUCAGCCAAAUGGCCAAAGAGAAUCCCACCAAGUUCCAAUGGCAUCCCAUUGUCACCAGCGAAUCUGGCAGGAUCUCUAGUUGUGAAGAAAACUUGGAACAUGUCUGCAACUUUGCUACGCCCGAUAGUCACUACCAUAUGAUUGGCAAUGGCCAGCUGGUGAACGAGUGGAAAGCAGGGUUGGCACAGGCUGGAGUUCCAGAAGACAAAGUGACAGUAGAACAAUACUUCAAUCACAAAGCGGAAUCGGACCAAGGUGCAAUCAACAACAUUGCCAAUGCCAUUGCAAUGGCUUGCGCUGUUGAGGCAUGA